CUGUUGCUAACCACAGAAUGGUCGACGUCGUAGAUCCCGGUGUGGUGAAGACAGGCGCUUACAAGUAUGAAGACGGGACACGGUACGUCGGAGAGUGGAACUUGAAGGGCCAGAAGCAUGGCAUGGGCCACUUAGUGCUACCAGAUGGUACGCGGUACGAUGGCGCGCUGAGCGGUGGGCUCUGCUCUGGGCUGGGACUAAUGGCCUUUCCUGAUGGUGCCAAGUACGAAGGCGAGUUCAUGCAAGGCUGGUUCCACGGACAUGGCGUGUUUUGGCGCGCCGACGGCAUGAAGUUUGAAGGGGAGUUCAGAGGUGGACGCGUUUGGGGUCUCGGGUUAGUGACUUUCAGCGAUGGCAGCAAUGGCUUCCCUCGCAAUGAGGGAUUCUUCCAAGAUUGUAGACUGGUGCGCCGCAAGCGCUGCCCCGAGGUCGUGCAACGCGCGCAGAAGGUCGCGUACAUGGCCCGAGCACAGUGCCAACAGAUGUAAUACUUUGUUACCUUGUGGUUGUCCUAACCCAGGAGGCCGAUUCUGCUUCGUCAAUACGAUAAUUUUGAUACGAUUUUGACUAUAUCUCACGCUGAUUGGUCCGAGCAAAAUAUACUGCGUGUAAUUAGAUAUCUCCCUCGCGCUUUGUGCGCGUAAGAUUCACUGUCAUUCGCGUCAAUACACUCAUAAAUCUAAAAUCAAGUAGUGCGCCUGGCUGGGACAAUGUAUCAACGAAAUUUCUUAAAUACGUUGCCGAGGAAAUAGUCCCUAUCAUAACUCACCUAGUGAACCUUUGCUUUAAUUUAGGAACCUUCCCGAAAUCGCUUAAAAUGUCUAUUAUUACUCCCGUGUACAAGAGUGGAAAGAGGGACGACAUCAGUAACUACAGACCUAUCUCAGUUUUGCCAGUGAUUUCGAAAAUUCUAGAAAAAAUACUAAACAACAGAUUACUAAAAUAUUUAACCAAAUUUAAUCUCUUAUCUAAGUCACAGUUUGGAUUCAGACACGGAAAAUCAACUGAGGAUGCAGUAAUAU